AUGAAUGAUGACGAUGGUGCCAAGCGUGGUAAUAUCAAUGAACUAAUCCAACAAUUUUUGAGUAUUAUUCCUGAAGAAUUUUUCGAAGAGUAUUAUAGAAAGAACAGCGAUCCUAAGAUCAAAGACGAACCGGUUUCUAAAUCCAAGGGGACCAGUGCAAAUGCUAACAAGCCCACAAAGGGACAAAUUCUAACGCAGGCGGUAGAAUACGUGAAUUCGUUACAGGAACAAGUCGAUCUCAAGAACAGAGAAGAAGUCGAGCUGAUACUAAGAGUUAAAGAAUUGUGCAAGGAAACAGGGUACAUUGUCAACGAUUUGAACCUUGAUAACACAAGCGCGGAGUUAGCGUUGUCCAGAAUCGGCGUUGGUCCGUUAGCUGGCAUGAGGGAGCAACCGAACAACAAAGGAUCUAAAAACCAAUUUGCCGGUACCAGUGCCGGAGCCAGCAUUGAUGCUGCCGCAGGAAAUACCACUAGUAAAACCCCUGGCACCGCUGCCAUGUCACCUGUGCCGCCAACAGGUUCGGUUGGUCCAGCAGGUAUAGCAGCAGCAGCGCCAAAAGAAGGACCCAAGUAUAGAUUCGAAUACGGUGGUUAUAGUGAAUACAACAAUGAACCCUGA